CGCCUCCCGCCAGGCACCAGCAUGGCCUGGAACAGCAACCUCCGCUGGCGGCUGCCGCUCGCCUGCCUGCUCCUGCAGGUGGCCAUGGUGGUGCUCUUCGGCGUGUUCGUGCGCUACGACCCCGACGCCGACGCCCACUGGUGGACAGAGAAGACUCGCAGGAACAUCUCCAGCGACCUGGAGAACGAGUUCUACUACCGCUACCCGAGCUUCCAGGACGUGCACGUGAUGGUGUUCGUGGGCUUCGGCUUCCUCAUGACCUUCCUGCAGCGCUACGGCUUCAGCGCCGUGGGCUUCAACUUCCUGCUGGCGGCCUUCGGCAUCCAGUGGGCUCUGCUCGUGCAGGGCUGGUUGCACCACGUAGAAGACAGACACAUCAGCCUGGGCAUCGAGAACCUCAUCAACGCCGACUUCUGCGUGGCCUCUGUCUGCGUGGCCUUUGGCGCGGUUCUGGGCAAAGUCAGCCCUGUCCAGCUGCUCAUCAUGACUUUCUUCCAAGUGACCCUGUUCUCAGUGAAUGAGUUCAUUCUCCUCCAACUGCUGGAGGUGAAGGAUGCAGGGGGCUCCAUGACCAUCCACACAUUUGGCGCCUACUUUGGGCUCACGGUGACCCGGAUCCUCUACAGACGCAACCUAGAGCAAACCAAGGAGAGACAGAGUUCUGCGUACCACUCGGAUCUCUUUGCCAUGAUUGGCACCCUCUUCCUGUGGAUGUACUGGCCCAGCUUCAACUCAGCCAUAUCCUACCACGGCGAUAGCCAGCACCGAGCCGCCAUCAACACCUACUGCUCCUUGGCAGCCUGCGUGCUCACCUCGGUGGCGAUGUCCAGCGCCCUGCACAAGAAGGGCAAGCUGGACAUGGUGCACAUCCAGAACGCCACGCUGGCGGGAGGGGUGGCCGUGGGCACAGCUGCUGAGAUGAUGCUCAUGCCCUACGGCGCCCUCAUCGUUGGCUUCUUCUGCGGCAUCAUCUCCACCCUGGGUUUUGUGUACCUGACGCCAUUCCUGGAGUCCCGGCUGCAGAUCCAGGACACGUGUGGCAUUCACAACCUGCACGGCAUUCCCGGCAUCUUGGGUGCCAUCGUGGGGGCUGUGACGGCAGCCUGUGCCAGCCCUGAAGUGUAUGGACAAGAAGGGCUUGCCCAUUCCUUUGACUUUCAAGGUUUCAAGAAGGAUUGGACCACAAGAAGGCAGGGCAAGUUCCAGGUUUUUGGCCUUUUGGUGAGCCUGGCCAUGGCCCUGAUGGGCGGCAUCAUCGUGGGGUUAAUUUUGAGAUUGCCAUUCUGGGGACAAGCUGCUGAUGAGAACUGCUUUGAUGAUGCAGUCUACUGGGAGGACCUGUGUCUUGCUUCUAAUCAAUAGAAUACAACAAAGGUGAUGGGAUGCAUGUGAUUCUGUGUAGGUGAUUAUAUGAUUACCACCACACAAGACUGUAGUACCCACCUGGCUGGAGUCUCUCAUGCCCUUGCUGGCACUGAUGAAGCAGGUGGCCGUGCUGGGACCUAAAUCAGAGUAGCCCCUAGAAACUGAGGACGGCUGACAGCUAUCAAGGAAAUGAGCCCCCCAUCCUGUAAGCGCAAGAAACCAACUUCUGCCAAGAGCUGCAGGAGCUUGGAAGUGGAUCUGUCCCCUAGUCAACCUUCCAGAUGGGGACCCAGUCCUGACCCGCACCUUGAUUUCAGGCUUGCAGAGGGCCCAGCUAAGCCAUUCCAGGACUCUCGACCCACAGAAACUGUGA